AGGGUUUUAUUUCGUGCUCAUGGAUGAAUUUUCAUUUUCAAAGAGAAAAAAGGGAAAACCAAAUCGAGGUGGAGGUCGAUUUAAUCGAGGACGAGGAAGAGGAAAGUCUAGUCGUGAUGAACAUCGCCACGAAAAACGUCAAAAUGAACCCGACAGCAAAAGAAAAGACCACACGGCUGGUGGUAGAGGCCAUUCGUCUGGUGGUAGAGGCCACACGGCUGGUGCAGGAGGAAACCGAAGUUAUGGAAGUAGCAAAAUUUCCGGAAAUGAAGGUGUCAAGGAAGUCAAAGUUCAGAUGCAGAGACUACACAUGAGUACAGAAAAUCAAGACAUGGUCAGAGACAUGCUGAAAAAUCUACAUGGAGAUGAUGAAAAAGAAGAAGAAUUUGACGAUGAUAACAGUGACAAAGACUAUGAAGAGGUACCAGAGUAUGAUGAACUAGAUGUAAGAUAUGAAGACCAGUAUUGGCUGACAGAUAACACAUUAUAUGUGGAAGAUACCAUACCCUUGGCCAACAUGGGAGGACAGACAGCAGCAGACUGUACACAGAAAGAUAGUAUCAGUCCUUAUGCACUGAAUAAGUUAUUAAGGUAUGGUUAUGAAAGACAGAGUUGUAUAGAAGCUUUACAAGUAAAUGAUGGUGACCUGGGUGUAGCCUACGAGUACUUGUUUUCUCAAUGCUUUCUUGAAGAAGGAGGCGAUGAAGAGCAAAAUGACAUAACCAACACUUUGACUGAAAAUGGUAUGACUUUUGAUGAAGUUAUCGAGCAAAGGAAUGAAGAAAUGACCGCUUUACAGUCAAUAUAUGAUGAAAAUUUUACUGAGAAAAUUCCCAACAAAAUAUGGACAUUAAAGUUUCAAUGUGAACUGUUAAGAGAUUUAAUUUUUAAACCUGAAAAAUCUGAAAACUCUGAUGUAACAUCAAGGAAAUCUGAGGAAAUUUGUAAAUUUCAUUUGAAAGGUGCUUGUAGAUUUGGUCAUAGAUGUAGAUAUGUUCAUGAUUUGGAAAACAAAAAUGUACAGGAAGUUGAUGACAGACACUUGAAACAGGAUGUUGAUACAAAUUUUGAAAUGGAUCUUCGUUUCACAAAAGAUAAUCUUUACCCAUUAGAAGCACCAUUUAUUGGAUUCUCAGCUCUAGAUCCGAUGUUCCCUCCUUAUAUAUCAUUAAAUAUUACAGAACAUAUGUACAAGGAAGCAAAGACAUAUUCAGAAUAUCAGUUACCAAUUGUCUUUGCCUUAGUAAGUCUGUUAGAGGAUGAAGCUUUAUUACAACAGCUUGUAGAUAAAAUGCCAUUAGAAUCUAGUCUUCCCCAAUGUACUAGUCCAUCCUGGAAGCAGAAGGAAUCAGCUGGACCAAAACCACAAAUAGAAAAGCAGUUACAUGGAACCUCUAACGACCAGGAAAAUGAUACUGAAAUAAGUGAAGAAGAUGUAAAUGCUAUUAUAAACAUGAUCGAAUCAGAUGUGAAAGAAGAGUCUGAUUUCAAAGUUGAGAGGAAACGUACUACAUCUAGAGAAACUGAUGAUUUGCAUAUAAGUCCUGGCGAAGUGCUAAAGCAAAACAAAAUACUCAAGGAAGAAUUUAUUAGAAAAAAGACAUUACCCAAAUACAGGUCAAUGUUAUCUCAAAGAAAAAAGUUACCUGUAUGGAACAAACAAGAUGAGUUACUGUCUGCUAUUGAUGGACAUCAAGUAACCGUAAUAAGUGGUAUGACGGGAUGUGGUAAAACAACACAAGUACCACAGUUUAUACUUGAUUCCUUUCUGAAUGGUAAAGGUUUACAUUUAUGUAAUAUGCUAUGUACACAACCCAGAAGAAUAUCAGCUAUGUCUGUGGCAGAGAGAGUGGCUGCAGAAAGGGCUGAGAAACUUGGCCGAAGUGUGGGAUAUCAAAUCAGAUUAGAGAAAGUACAGUCUGGAAUGACCAGAUUAUUAUUUUGUACCACUGGUAUUGUACUAAGGAGAUUAGAAGGAGAUCCUAAGUUAGAGGGAGUGACACAUAUUAUCAUUGAUGAAGUCCAUGAACGAUCACAGGAAAGUGAUUUUCUAAUUAUGUACUUGAGAGAUGUUUUAUAUACUCGUCCUGACUUGAAGAUAAUCCUGAUGAGUGCCACAUUAAAUGCGGACCUAUUUUCAGCCUAUUUCAAUGGUUGUCCUGUCAUAGAUAUACCAGGUAGAACAUUCCCUGUUGAUCAGUAUUUUUUAGAGGACGUCUUGGAUAUGACGAGAUUUGUAAUGGAAGAAAAGUCGCCAUAUGCUAGACCUUUACAGAAAUCUAAUGCUGUGUUUAAAUAUGGUGCAGACUACGAUGAUGAGUUUGAAUUUAUAAAUAAUGAUCCAUCUAAGCCAGCUGCUGACCAUGUCAAAGAUGAAAAUCUCAGUGUUAAACAACUUAAAAUGAGAUUUCCAGAUUACAGUAAAACAGUCCUUAAGACUUUGUCUAUGAUGGAUAUGAGUAAGAUCAACUUUGACCUUGUCGUGUCCUUGCUAGAAUUUAUCGUAGAUGGGGAUCAUGAGUUUCCCAAUGGAUCAGUGUUAGUAUUUCUACAAGGAUUCUCAGACAUUCAAACAGUACUAGAUCUUCUACAGACAAGUCCUGUGUUUGGUCAUAGGAAUCAAAGAAAAUACAAAAUUGUGCCACUUCACUCAUCCUUGUCAAGUGAAGAUCAACAACUGGUAUUUACAAAACCACCAGAAGGAGUAACUAAAAUUGUCAUAGCAACAAAUAUUGCAGAAACAUCUAUUACUAUUGAUGAUAUUGUUUUUGUAAUUGAUGUGGGAAAAAUGAAGGAAAAAAGGUAUGAUCCUUCCAGGGGCAUGGAAAGUCUGGAUACAGCAUGGGUAUCUAAGGCAAAUGCUAUACAAAGGAAAGGCAGAGCUGGACGUGUGACUCAUGGUGUUUGUUUUCAUCUAUUCACAAGUCAUAGAUAUCACAAUCACCUCAUUGAACAACCAGUACCAGAGAUACUUAGAGCACCUUUAGAACAGAUUGUAUUGAGGAUUAAAAUGCUGGAUAUUUUCAAAAAACAGUCAGCAAAGGAAGUUUUAGAACAGCUGCUAGAACCUCCAGAAGAAGAUUCUAUUCUUGCAGCAACAAAACGUUUGCAGGACCUUGGAGCCCUUGAUGAAAAAAAUGAGUUGACACCAUUGGGCUAUCAUCUAGGAUCUUUACCAGUAGAUGUAAGGAUAGGAAAGUUGAUGUUAUUUGGUGCCAUAUUCAGAUGUUUAGACCCUGCGCUAACCAUUGCAGCAUCACUCAGUUUCAAAUCACCUUUUGUUUCACCAUUUGGAAAGAAAUUUGAAGCAACCCAAAAGAAGCUGGAGUUUGCUACAGGAAAUUCUGACCAUUUGACCAUGCUAAAUGGCUAUCAGGGCUGGCUUAGUGCAAAGAAACAAGGUGGCAGAGAAGCUUACUUAUUUUGUCAAGAAAAUUUCCUUUCACAGAAAUCUUUACAGAUGUUGGUUAGCUUGAAACAACAAUUUGUAGAACUGUUAUCAGAUAUUGGAUUUGUAAGAGAAGGAAUAACAUUCAGAGAUGUAGAACGAGCUGCUAGAUAUGGUUCUGAUGGUGUUAUAGAACUUACAGGGGAAGAGGCUAACAUCAACUUAAAGAACCUGAAGCUAAUUUCAGCUAUCCUGGUAGGAGCUCUUUACCCCAAUGUUGUACAAGUCAUGACACCUCAGUCCAAAUUUAAUCAGAGUAGUGCAGGUGCUGUUUCAAAAUUUCCGAAGCCAGAGGAGCUGAGAUUCAAGACUAAGUCUGAUGGCUUUAUACAUAUUCAUCCUUCAUCAGUCAACUUUCAAGUGAGAUACUAUGAGAGUCCUUACUUAGUAUAUCAUGAAAUGGUCAAGACAUCAAAGGUAUUCAUUAGAGACAGUACUAUGGUAAAUGUGUAUCCACUGUUGUUAUUUGGAGGAGGAUUAUCAGUAGAUUUAGACAGAGGAAACUUUGUACUAUCUGUAGAUGAUGGAUGGAUUAGAUUUAUUGCCAACUCACAUCAGAUUGCAGAACUUGUGAGAGAAUUACGGACAGAGUUAGAUCAGUUAUUAACAGACAAGAUUAAGAAUCCACACAUGGAUUUGUGUACCUGUCCAAAAGGAAGUAAAAUAAUAGAUACAAUUGUAACUCUUAUUACAACUCAGUGAUACAAUGUGCCUUACAGUCCUCAGGAAUAGGAUCCAAAAGAAUUGACAAACUUAUAAAACACUUUAUGAAUAAUGCACAUUGACCUGUACGGUUGUGGUAAUGAAUUCAGAUUACAGGUGCUUAAUUAUGUGAAUAUCAUAUUAUUAUUGAUGCAUAAACUAUUUUUCAUCUAGAUGUUAAUAAACCAGUUAAAACAACAUAGUUACAAAAGAAAGACCAUAGACUAGCUAAUUGAUAAUGCUUCAGUGUGUAUAAUUUGUUGACAAGUUUUUAGUCUGGGAAUCUUACAAAUAUGGAUGAUUAAAAAUGGCAGACAUUAUUUAACAGUUCAGUGUUCAAUUGAAAGUACAGAAAAAAAAUGGUGCAAUAGUUGUAUAUUUACUAGUCAUAAACACCAGUUUUAUUUUUGUUUUUGUGUAUUGAAAGGACCAUUGCUCAUAGGGUGCCAAUUUUUGUGAUUCCAUCCAACCACAUAAUUUAGUACAAAACAAAAUACCUUCUUUUCAUUAAGUUGGGAUAUGUUAAUCCUAAAACCAUAACUCAAAAACCAUAUGAACCAAAUAUAAUUUCACAAACCAUGAAAAUGAAUACACAGAAAGAAAAAUAUUUCCACAAUUUGACAUAGACUUUUGAAAUUUUAGUAGAUGGUUUUAGGUGACUUGUUUUUAGUAGUAUAAAUGUCUGAGUUGUUUUUGAUUCAAUUUUAGAAAGGGUUUUUCUUGAAUAUUGUUAAGGUACUUAAAUAUUAUGAAUAUUCAUUGGCAUUUAUUAAUAUAAUUUAUCAAUCACAACCAUUUGAAGGAGAGCUACAUAAGUCAACUAAUGUUAUAUUUUCAAAAUUAAUAUUUUUUACCAAUAAAAAGGUUUUGUCUGAUUGCAUAUAAGUGCUUUUAAAUAUUUUUGUGUAUAUUAAGGAAGAAAUGCAUAUUGAGUAAGAUGUAUAUUUUUCUACAUUUGGAAAUGUGAAAUUUACCGUCUUUGACUUUACUAAAUUUGAAAAGUAUAGGCGAAUAUUGAUUUUUUUGCCAUCAUUAUGAAUAGGAAGCAGCAGGUAUUGGUUGUUUACACGUCAGGGUAUACAUUACUUUUUCACUUUAUUAUGCCAUAAUUAGACAUGUUUGUAACAUAUUUCAAUUACAAAAGAAAAUCACCUGAUUGAUCUGAAGAAAUCAGAAAUAAUUUCAGUUAAUUUUUGUAAAUUGCUUGAAUAUUUUGAUGUUUGACACCAAGAGUCACUGUAAUAAAGAAUUACUUUACUGAAUAGUAAAAAAUUAUCAAAUGUCUUCCAUGAAUGAUAUAUCUAUGUAUAAAUGAAAUAUCCUAUUUUACUGCUUUGUUAUAAUAAGAUAUUUAGUUUAUGGUUAUUUUGUUAUUAUGUUUUUAUGUAGUUGUGAAAAAGAAUUGUGAGGGGAUAUAUUUUUGCUGGUUUAUUUAUUGUUGCUUCAUCUUAAAUGUCACAAAUAAGGGGAUUUGUUUUAAAAGCUUUCUCCAAAAAUCUCAGGGGAACAUGUUGAUACUGCUUUUCCUUUUAAAGAUUUGAGAUAUACACAGAAGAGACAGUAACCCAACAACACAAUAAACUACAAGAAAAAGACAUGUACAUAUGAACACAUAAGUCAAACCAUACAUAGAGGUCAAAACUGCCCUGAGUGUAGGUCUAUUUAGAUAUAGGAAGAUGUGGUAUGAGUGCCAAUGAGACAACUCUCCAUCCAAGUUACAAUUUAUAAAAGUAAACCAUUAUAGGUUAAGGUACGGCCUUCAACACGGAGCAUUGGCUCACACCGAACAGCAAGCUAUAGAGGACCCCAAAAAAUUACUAGUGUAAAACCAUUCAAACGGAAAAACCAAGGGUCUAAUCUAUAUAAAAACGAGAAACGAGAAACACGUAUGAACUACAUAAACAGACGACAACUACUGUAAUCAGAUUCCUGACUUAGGACAGGUGCAAACAUUUGCAGCGGGAUUAAACGUUUUAAUGGUACCAAACCUUCUCCCUUUUCUGAAACAGUAGUAUAACAUCACAACAUAGAAAAACACACUAUAAAAUAUCAAUUGGAAGGCUUAACUCAAUCAAAAAACGUAAAUUAACACACAAUGAACGAAUAAAUUUGACCUGUGACACCUGAAUGCAAAUGCUGUUAACAUCAAUUUAUUUCUGAUGGUACCUUUAAUUUGCCACAACGUAAUCUAACUGUCAACAACAAUUUAUUUUUGAUGGUAGCUUUAAUUUGCCAUGACAUAGAUCUUUUUCUAUGACCCAAAACAACUUAGGAGCAUUAAAAACAAGUCAAUUUUGACUUUAUCUUGGGUUGAGGUUUACCUUCAGUAUUUUGAGUUACAGAGACUCAUUUGACCAACAAUCUUCUCGUAAGUCAUGAACAUUUCAGUAUAACUUACGAUCAAUUUUUAUCGUAAGAUUUUUUGUGAGAAGAGCCCCUGUAAUUUACCUAGAAAAAAAGGAAAUCAGUAGAGUUGAUUGUUUCAAAUGAUUACCUUUUAAUUUUAUUUUAGCAAAAAGCUAACUAUAAUUUCAUAAUGUUUGCCUUAAACUGUUCAGGAGUUGCGAACCUUGCAAAAGUAAAAAUUAUAAAACUGGACUGUUCCAAGAUAACAACUUAAGUUAAAUAGCUUUUAGCAAAAUCUUUUAUAGCCUGUUUGAUCAUUCUGAAAAUAAUUACAAAUCAUAAUUUUUUUUUUUUUAUAAAUUGCCAUAUGUACAAAAACUAUUUCUUAUUAGUAGUAAUACAUAUUAGGACUGAUUUUUACCAAUCCAACCAGUAUUAAAGAUUAAAGUUGUACACCAUACUCAAUAACAUGUGCAUUGUUUUUGUAUAAAAAGAUGUGUUUAUAUAAAAGCCCAAUUGAGGUAAAAUCACAAAAGCCUAGUAUGGUAAAGAUACAUUUUGAUUACAAUGAACAGGUUAACAGGUAUGGCUAUUUGUAUGAUAUGUUUAUUUUUUGAUAGCAAAAAGAGUAUAAUUAUGUUUAUGUCUUAUUGAUUACUUUUUUACUCUUUAUAUCUUUGAUAUCAUGCAUGAAGAAGAUGAUGGGUAUACAUAAGUGAGACAGCAACUGAGCAAUACAAAAAAACAAAAGAGAUCUUAUGGUCAACACAUAGUCUGCCCCAAUAUAUUAUCUUCUACAUUGCCCCAGGUCUAGAAAAGUUGUGUAUUAAGUGUUAAGCAAAAUUCAAUCAAUAUAAUUUCAGCAGAGACAAUCAAAGAUCUCACAUCAACCCUUAAGACAAACACUUUUAAGAUAGUACAAAAAAGACAAUCACAGAUAAGUCUUCAUAAGAUAAUUGAUCAAAUAAACACCUGAUUUAAGAAAUAACUGUAUUGUAUUUGAAGCUUUGCGGACGUCCAUUGGUAGUUUUACUGUCGCAAAUUAAGUUUACCUGGCGACACGAAUCGGAGACAGGUAAACGGAUAUUUGCGAACGUAAAACUAACGAAGGAUGUCCGCAAAGCUUCAAAUACAAUACAGUUAUUCCUAUUCUAAUGCAAAAUUAAUACACAAUUCAAUUUUAGUCAUUAUUUCAGUGUAAACUUUUCAUUAAACGAAAAUUCUGCGAAAUGAUGUUAUCUUCUUUGGCCCCUAAACUAGGUGACGUCAUAGGAUUUGCUUCCAGCAUCAAACAUAAACACAGGGCAUUUUCUUGCUUCUUGGAUACCUCAGAAAAUAAUAAAAUUUUGUAAAAAGAAGAUUUCUAGGUGCAAAAUGUGAGUUUUUUUGCUUUAUAUUAUUGGAAAAAUUACAUGUCCUUACAUUCCGGAAUUCAAAAUGUCAGCUUCCUUAGUUACAGACAGGGAGAUAGACAAAUUUUACGCUUACUGUCAUAAAAUCAGAAUCAUUGAUACAAAAUAAUUGCAUUAGAAUUUUUAGAUAUUUAUUUCCUGCUUUCUAAGUCAUAAAAUGGACUAUACAUUAUAGAAGAUAUAACAUCAAUAAAACGUAGAUCUUGGACAUGAAACAUAGUAAAUUACAUAGAACUUAUGGUAAAUCUAAUUAUUACUCUAUGAAACUAGGGACUGGGUAUCAUUUAUAAACAUAACAACUGUCACUAUUCUGGAGUUUAUGUCCUUCGAAAAUUCUGAAAGAAUAGAUGACAUUGAAUUAGAUAAACCAAGCUGAAAUUUCUUAAAUUUUGUAUACAUUAUGUAUAAGAAAUUUAGUUUUGACAUAAGGUGGUUUCUCAGAAUAAUUACAAUAAACUUUGACAUAAACUGUGCUACUGAGCAGUACAAUAUAUUACAAGGAAAAUUGAUAUUGCAGAAAGAGUUGCCAAAUAUUAAAUUUCUAUACAACUAGUAAUGUCAUUUUAAGACUGUGAUAUGUAAAAAAAAAACUUUUAUUUAUAAUGCUAUAGUUGACAAAUAAAAAUAGAAAUAUG